CACGUGUUCCUCUUCCUUCUCUACUACUAUUUCUACUACCCUCCUCACAUUUUUCUUCUCCCAAUUAGUCUUUUUCUUCUGCCCCAAAUGGCUGAAGAAUCAGACUACACACUCACCCAAUUCAAAAACUCUGUCACAAAACUUGGUUCAUCUACACAGGGUUAUGGGGACGCUACACUGAUGAGGUUUCUGAUUGCUCGGUCAAUGGAUUCCGAUAAAGCAGCCAAGAUGUUUGUUCAAUGGCGUAAGUGGAGAGAUACUAUGGUUCCUAAUGGGUUCAUUUCAGAUUCUGAAGUUCCUGAUGAGUUGGAAACUAGAAAGAUCUUUUUGCAGGGUUUGUCUCAAGAUAAGUUUCCUCUCAUGAUUGUUCAAGCAUGUAGACACUUUCCUUCCAAAGAUCAGAAUCAAUUCAAGAAAUUUAUAGUACAUUUACUCGACAAGACAAUUGCGAGUGCUUUUAAAGGAAGGGAGAUAGGAAAUGAGAAGUUGAUUGGAGUUCUUGAUCUGCAGAAUAUUGGUUAUAAGAAUGUUGAUGCGCGUGGUUUAAUUACAGGAUUUCAAUUUUUACAGAGUUACUACCCUGAACGUUUAGCAAAGUGCUAUAUUUUACAUAUGCCAUGGUUUUUUGUGAGUGUUUGGAGAUUAGUUUCUAGCUUCCUAGACAAGGCAACACAAGAAAAGAUUGUAAUCAUAAGCAAUGAAGAUGAGAGAAAGAAGUUCAUAGAUGAAGUUGGUGAAGAGAUUCUCCCAGAAGAGUAUGGUGGAAGAGCAAAGCUUGUAGCUAUCCAAGAUUUUGAAGUGACACCACAGGAAAAUGGAAGAACAAAUUGAUUAAAGUCUUUACUUGACAAUCAAACAAUCAUUUUAAUACUCUAAUAAGGGGGCAUUUUAUGCUUAUAGUCUUAUCCCCUUUAUCAUCUAUAGAAUUUCAAAUAGAGGCCACAAGGGUAUGAUAGGAUAGUCUUUAUUUAUCAUAUCUUUCUCGCAAAUUAAAUUAUGAAUUGAGAUAGUUGAAAAUCUUUAGGAAUAAUGAGGGGUUUUCAAGACACAUUGGUCAAAGAAAUGGAAGACCUUUAGAAAUAUCUAAGGGGAUUGAAAAACAUUUCUAAAUACUUUGCAUUUGUGUGAUUUAUAUAUUGAAAGGAAAGAGAAAGAUUAGAAACACUUAGGAGAAAAUAUGAAAUGUUCCUAUGAAUUUGAAAGAUUGUUUUCUUAUAA